CUCAUCACCGCCACCACCACCGACACCACCCCCUCCGAAUCAUCCGAUCACCUUCGUCUCUAACUCACCGAUACGCACGACGAAGCCUAACUGUCCGACAUUCAACGAGCGAUCAUCACCGAAGGCGAACCCGAAGAGCUUCCAUCACACGACUCACAAAUACCACACCUUUCACAUCUUCCAUCAUGGACCGGUUAUCGAGAAUGUUGGCAGCCGCGCAAGGCAUGGGAGGUGGAGGCGGAGGACCAGCACAGGACACGAACAUCAUCGACAACGCCGAGACUGUAUACAUUUCCUCGCUCGCACUACUCAAGAUGCUGCGGCACGGUCGGGCUGGUGUGCCCAUGGAAGUCAUGGGUUUGAUGCUUGGAGAAUUCGUGGAUGACUACACCGUACGAGUAGUGGAUGUGUUCGCUAUGCCUCAAUCAGGUACCGGCGUGUCUGUUGAGGCUGUCGAUCCAGUGUUUCAAACGAAGAUGAUGGACAUGCUACGGCAGACGGGCAGACCCGAGACCGUCGUCGGCUGGUACCACUCACAUCCCGGCUUCGGCUGCUGGCUGUCAAGCGUCGACAUCAACACCCAACAAUCCUUCGAACAACUCACACCUCGCGCCGUGGCUGUUGUCAUCGAUCCCAUCCAGUCCGUCAAGGGCAAAGUCGUGAUCGACGCCUUCCGCCUCAUCAACCCACAAACUCUCAUGCUCGGUCAAGAACCGCGCCAAACCACAUCCAACUUGGGCCACCUCAACAAGCCCAGCAUCCAAGCGCUCAUCCACGGUCUCAACCGCCACUACUACAGCAUCGGCAUCGGCUACCGCAAGACGGCUCUCGAAGAGGGCAUGCUCAUGAAUCUGCACAAGACCGUCUGGACCGAAGCUCUCACCAUGCCCGACUUUGCCGCAGAAGGCUGUCGCAACGGCGCGAACUUGAAGAAACUCGUUUCUCUCGCUGAAGGCUACGAAAAGCGGGUGAAGGAGGAGACAGAGUUGACCAAGGAGCAGCUUCGCACGAGAUAUGUGGGCAAGGUGGAUCCGAAGAAGCACAUCGAGACGGUGGGGCAGGAGUUGAUUGAAGACAACAUUGUGGGCGUGACGAGGCAGAUGAUCGACAAGGAGGCUUCGGUGCCGGGUGCUGCCGGUGAGGGAUUGGGAUCUGGUCGGGGAGUGAAUGGGAAGGGUACGAAUGGCAAGGCGAAUGGACACGCGGGCGCGGAUCAGAGCGCGAUGGAGGUGGAUGAUGAGGAUCUUUGAGGAGACGCAGGAAGGAGGCGAUGGACGUUCUUUGUUCUUACAGUGCAUAGCGCUCGACGCCAGGCAAGGAGGACGAGGGUGGUAGAAAGCAGCGCUGCAGUACCUUGCGUGGCGAGGUCUCUACCAGGACUGCCGCCAGAUUUCGAAGGUGCAAUAGCCGAAUCGAAUGACACGACUACAGCAAUCACCUCCUGCCUCCUCAUUGCACUCCUGCUGAUGGUGUAAUUCCGGUCGAAAUCACAAUCGAGAUCAAUGCGUCAUUGAACAAAGCUUCAGCGGCGAGAAGCAAGCUAUGCAGACAAGAAGAUGCUCCACGCACAAUCGAGCGCGGUGCAUGUUCAAGGACAUAGGCGCAACAUUUGACAC